AUGGGCGUCCGUUCCACCAAAACCGACCAACUCGAGAAUGGACCGGGAUACGGGAUUACUGUAACACUGACCAUCAAAUCGAGGCAGAAUAAUGGAGACGAUGAGGAGGAAUUCGUGGAUGACGGAAGUGAUGAGAUAGUUGAGAUUGAGGAGAAUGAAGUGGAGUUGGUGGACACUUCUGAGGAGCUCUAUUUGGCUCGUCGGAUAUAA